AUGGCUGAAAUGCGAAACUUCAGUUGGGUGGUGGAAGAUAUUUUCAAGGAAACCUUUCUCACUUACAUGAACAGCUGGAGGAAAAACAUGACGGAAGCGGCAGACAAAUUGCAAGCCAAGGUUGAUGCUGAAAACUUUGACUAUGUUAUCCUUUAUUUGAUGGUGAUGAUUGGGAUGUUCUCUUUCAUUAUUGUGGCGAUCUUGGUGAGUACUGUGAAAUCAAAGAGGCGAGAACACUCCAAUGACCCCUAUCAUCAGUACAUCGUUGAGGACUGGGGCGAGAAGUAUAAAAGCCAGAUUCUGAAUCAAGACCUUAAGUGUGUCAUCCACGAAAACGUGGGUGCGAGGGACAAAACAAGCCCUGGAUCACCUUGA